AUGAACAUCAAGAACCACGCCAACGACCAGCCUGCUGCACCCCAGCCGCUGUACCAACUAUCCACCCAGUUCCGGUAUUGGCGCUUCUCUCAGUCGGGACUCGAGCAGGCCCGAAGGGAACUCAACGAAGGCGCCGUAGGCAGAGUCAAAUCUAAGCUGGAAGAAGAGAGGAACGUCGAGCUUCCGGCAGCCGGCGAUGGCCCAGCCGAACCCAGCCAGAUCGAGUAUCUGACCGUCCAAGACGAGCUCGAGCUGGUCACCUUCUACCUCUCCAAGAUCUCCCAACUCUGUCGGGCCUCGAUCUUCAAAUUCCCCGAGACCGUCGAGGCGACUGCGAUGUCCUACUUGAAGCGCUUCUACCUCCGGAAUACCUGCAUGGAUUACCACCCCAAAAACAUCAUGCUCACCUGUCUCUUCCUGGCCACCAAGACUGAAAACACCUCGAUCUCCAUCGACAGCUUUGCCUCCCGGAUCCCAAAGACGACGAACGAGGAUGUCCUAUCGCUCGAGUUCCUCGUCGCCCAGUCGCUCAAGUUCCAGUUCAAGGUCCACCACGCCCAUCUGGCCGCCCGGGGGAUCUAUCUCGACCUGCAGGCCUGUCCGCCCGUCGGCCCGCUCGGCCUCGAGCGCCUCUCCCAGGCCUGGCCUGAGGUCUGCAGUCUGCUCCGGGCGGCCAGACUGACGGAUGCCGAGUUCCUCUGGACGCCCAGUCAGAUCGCGUGUGCGGCCUGGUGGGUCGCCGACCAGCCGGCGACCGAGGCCUGGCUGAAGGCCAAGGCCGACCGGCUCCAACCCCACCCCACUCCUACCACUUCCCCUCCCUCUCCUCAGCUACCCAAACCAAAUCUCGCCUUGGAGCCACUGACCCAGCACCUCUCCGGACUCUCGGAGCUGCUCAUCCAGGCCCAGCAUAAACCGAUCGACAAGGAUCGGGUCACCGCCGUCGACCGUCGGCUCCGCUUCUGUCGCAACCCGGAGAAGGACCCCAAUAGCGCGCUGUUCAAGAUCAAGCAAGCCGAGCUCGAAAGCGCCGAUCUCGCUAAACACCACCAGAAAUAUCCCGCUGGCGCUAAUCAAGACCCUUUCUCGUAA